CCCGCCCCCUCGCACAUUUCAACACCCUGCCGUACCGCCAUUCGCCGGCGCCGCGUUUCUCCCUCGCCGCCACCCGCCCCAACCUUCGCCCCGCAUCCUUUCAUACCACCAGACAUGACCGCCCUCGAGGAUCCCGUCUUCGCGCUGGACCCGGCGUAUGUGGCCCACCUGCGCGCCGAGCGGGGCCUGGAGCUCCGGUUCAUUGAGGACGACGAUUUUGAGGGCUACCUGCACCUCCUCGGCCAGCUGACCACGGUGACGCCCCUGACGAGGGAGGCCUUUUCGCGUGCGUCCUGACAUCCCGAUGCGCCGGCCCAGGCCCAGGCCCGUGCGGGCCCCGCACCGGCAGUUGCUGACCGCCGGCCUCGCCCCCUUAUACCUGCGCAAAGUCAUCCUCCGCCGCCAGCGCACACAGCAGUCCUCCUGCACGCUAGUCCUGCUGGCCGACGGCCGGCUGGUGGCCACGGCCAAGGUGGUGAUCGAGGACAAGCUGUCGCGUGGCGGCAGCCGCGUGGCCCGGCUCGAGGAUGUGGUGGUCUGCGCGGCCAGCCGCAAGGGCGGCUUCGGCCGGCUGGUGGUCGAGGAGGCCUUCCGCGUGGCCGCGCGCGCCGGCGCCUGGCGCGUGAACUUCGCCGCGCGCGCCGAGGCGGUCACCUUCUACGAGCACAUCGCCGACGGCCGAAUCACCCGGGCCAAAGACCAAAUGUAUGAGCUGGUGCUGGGCAGCUGGCUCCAGGCCGGGGCCGGCCCCCAGUAGGGCGGCCGCCGGGCGGCACCCGGCUCGGCCCGGCGGCCAGGGGGUGCGCUCGCCCCAUCCCCCGGCCCCCUCCCCCCCUCCUCCUCCUCCUGCUGGGGCCCAUGCCCGGGGGAGAAUACACCACCAUCUCCCC